AUGAAUGAGAGUUCAAUAUAUAUAUACAAUUUAACACGUAAUGUAAGCAUCAACCAUUUAAAAGAAAUUUUUAUGAAUUUCGGUACGUUGAAGGAUGUUCAGUAUGUAACAUACGUUGAGGAAAGUAUGUUUCAUGAAAAGGGAGAUGGUAAAGAUGGUGAUAAAAAGGAAGAUAAUGAUGAUAAGGAGGAAGAUGAUGAUAAGGAGGAAGACAAUAAUAAGGAGGAAGAUAAUGAUAAGGAGGAAGAUAAUGAUAAGGAGGAAGAUAAUGAUAAUAAUGAUGAUAAUAAUGAUGAUAAUAAUGAUGAUAAUAAUGAUGAUGGUGAUGAUAAUGAUGAUAACCACAUUUGUGUUCAUAUAAAAUAUGAAAAUUCAAAAGAAGCUCAAGCAGCUAAAGAGUUUAUGGACGGUGGGCAAAUUGACGGGAAAAUAAUUUCAGUCAAAUAUAAGAUAAACCAUAAAUAUAUAAAAACAUACACAAAAAAAAAAAAAGAAAAAAAAAAAAAAAAUUGA